AUGAUCAUAGGCAAGAGUAUCUACCAGGGAGAUGAGUUCAGGAUUUACGACAAGUUAUCCGAUAAUCCUGAGUACGAUGGCGAGAGAACUCAAGCCUUGACCGAAAUCCAGUCAAACAUUCAGUCAUGGUACAGAUCCGGUGCUCGAAUCUUUGAACGCGAGGCCAUAGAAGGGCUCAUGAAGCAGUUGCGAGCACUAGACGGAGAGGCUGGUACAGUGUCCAUUCGAGGCCUAGAUGGACGUGAAGUCGAAUUUGUCGUGGAGACUGGGUCUACGAUUCCCAUCGGUCCGAAGCAUGAAUACAUCGUGGAAUCUCCAUUUAUCUACUACUUCACCUUCCAAAGUCUGACAACUAUCACCGAUAUGUCUGUUCCUCGUAUUGCAUACUGCAGCUUGAGGAUUUACCACUACGUUUCAUUGCGAGACAAGUUGACACAUGAGAUAAUUAAUGAGGUCCCAGAAAAGCUAGUGGAUGUCGAUGAGUGCGAAGCGCACUUUAUGGCGGUCAUGAAGAGCUUAGAAGCCAGUCACCAAUUGAAAUUACUCCAUGCGAUCGUCAAGGCUGCAAACGCUUCGGCGCCGAUCCGACAGAUUGUCGCAUUUGCAUGUGGCAAUAUCUCAUGGGACUUGAUGGAAGGACAGGUGAGGUCAGCGUCUCAGCAUGCAUUGAUUCUGUCUCUGCAACGAUUGCUCGGAAACCAAGUUCAAUGUUUUGCUCAGGACCCAGAAUACACCGAGGCAGAUAUGGCGGUACUCGUCAAGCACGGGAUCACGAUUCUGAACAACCCGGAGGCAUUCUUGAAAGUGGACACUUCCACUCUCGUCAUCUCAUGCAGUGCGGAAGUGCCCGUCAAGCAGGUUACGCUAGAACUUACAAGACCUGCCAUUAUGUUUUGGGACAGAAUGAAAGAAGCCGAUCCAAAGUAUCUAUGGGCUGACGCAGAUUCCCCUCGUACCUUGGAGCUUCUUCAGAGCUCUUAUGACGAGUACGACUGCGUUGCGGACCAAGAAAGAUUCGGCCAGGCUGUGCUUUAUGUCAAACGAGCAACGGCGGAGAAAGAUGUUGAUAUUCAGAGAUCCUGA